AUGAAGGGUUUUUCAUCGUAUGAUGAAAAACCGCCAGCGCCGCCAAUUCGGUUCAGCAGCUCGUCGAGCAAAGAGAGUCAGGUUGGUAAUUUUGAAAAAAUUAAGGGAAUUUGAUUUGGAUGCGAUCAAAGUUGAGAUUUCAAAUUGAGUAAGAAUGGAAUUUACCGAACAUUUUGUGGAAGUUCUUUUCUAAAGAAGUUUUUCUAAAGUAUCCCGAACUUUAUUAAAUUUUUAACCAGUUUCUGGGAAAGCUGGGGAUCAAAACCGAUCAAGCUUCUUCAGAAAAUUUUCGAUCUGUGGGUACAAUUUGCCCAAUUACCCUGCAUCGGAGAAAAUGAUUAGCCUCCCUCCCAUUUCAUGUUUUUAAAACAAAUUCCCGAACGUCAACCAAAAAUAAUAAAUAAUAAUAUUUCAGGUUGUUGGCUUGAAACCUCUGCCCAAAGAACCAACCGAAGUAACAAAGAAGAAGAAAACAAUGUCUAACCCAUUUUUGAAAAGUAAUCUCGUCCUAAUCAAUCAUUCUAAACCUAACCCUCUAAUUUUCCAGAGAAUAAGGAGAAAAAAGAGGCAGCCGAAAAGCCGGUGAUUUCUCGACCAAGCAAUUUCGAACACACAAUUCAUGUUGGCUACGAUCCAAUAACUGGAGAAUUCACAGUGAGUCUCAACUUUUUUUUAUUCUGUCUGAUACGCAUAUAUUAUUUUAUAAACAAAAGGAUUAACUGUGUGCCUGCUACAAAAUAAUACCUAUCUAUCUAUUCCAUUUUUUGAAUAUACAUGUUCCAGUGAAAUUUGAAAAAAAAAAUUAAAUAAUUUUUAUAGGGAAUGCCUGAAGCUUGGGCGCGUCUUUUAACCGACUCGCAAAUUUCAAAACAAGAGCAACAGCAAAAUCCGCAAGCGGUACUUGACGCACUCAAAUACUAUACACAAGGCGAAUCGAGUGGACAAAAAUGGCUACAAUACGAUAUGAGUAAGUCGUUUCUAUCAAACAUCUAUUAUUGUUCAAAGAAUUUCUUUAAUUAUUCUUAUUCUUCUACAGUGUUUAUAGAUGACGCGCCAUCACGCAAUGUGUCAUCAAAUAUGAAGCCACAACCAUAUAGCACAUCUUCAUUGCCGUAUCAUGGCUCAAAACUUCAGGGUUAUCCAAAAAUGGGUCCAGUUUGCUCAUCGAAUAAGCUCAAUUAUCCAUCGGGUAUUCAACAAUCAUCAAGUAUGAAUGAGAAUCGGUCGAGUAUGCCACCAGUUAGUUUUUCUUUCAACAUUUUUUUGUUGACACAUUUCAAAGUGCAUUGAUAAAAAGGAACAUGAUAAAAGUUCAAAGUUAUUUUUUUACACCCACACACUUGAUUUAUAUGUCUGGGGAGUAAAAAGUGAGUCAGAUUUUUGGGGUUACAUACUAAAAAGUGAAUAAUUCCAUAAUAAAAACAUUCGGUUUCAUUUAGAGCUACUAAAGCCUUUCUGUUUUUUUCCAGAACUACGCGCCUCCGCCAAUUCCGCGUGAUGAAGAGCCAGCUGAUGCUCUCCCGCCACCAAUUCCAGAUAGACCGGCUAGAACAUUGAGCAUUGUAAGUCUUUUCACAUCCCUUCUAUUUCAACAUCAAUCAAACCGUUUCAGUACACAAAACCCAAAGAGGAGGAAGAAAAGAUACCAGAUUUGUCAAAGGGUCAAUUUGGUGUUCAAUCGAGAGGAGCAAAAGCAAAGAGAAAAAUGACUGAUGCUGAAGUUCUUGCCAAACUUCGAACAAUUGUUUCGAUUGGAAACCCCGAUCGAAAGUACAAAAAAGUGGACAAGAUUGGUUCUGGAGCUUCAGGAUCUGUUUACACUGCGAUUGAGAUGAGCACUGAAGCUGAAGUCGCUAUCAAGCAGAUGAAUUUGAAAGAUCAGCCGAAGAAGGAGUUGAUCAUCAAUGAGAUUCUUGUGAUGCGUGAGAAUAAGCACGCAAAUAUUGUCAAUUAUUUGGAUUCGUAUCUUGUCGGUGAAGAAUUAUGGGUUGUCAUGGAAUAUUUAGCCGGUGGAUCAUUGACUGAUGUGGUAACUGAAUGUCAGAUGGAAGAGGGAAUGAUUGCGGCAGUGUGUCGUGAGGUACUUCAAGCUUUGGAGUUUCUUCAUAGUCGACAUGUUAUUCAUCGUGAUAUCAAGUCGGACAAUAUUCUUCUUGGCAUGGAUGGAUCGGUGAAAUUGAGUGAGUGAUGAUUACGUUUUUUAAUGAAUACGGAAAUAUAGCAAUGAUUAAUUUUUGGCCGAAAAAUAUUUAAAAUAAAGAUAUCUUUGAAAUUUCUUCGGAGAGGAGAAAACUCAGCUUCAAAUAGAGAAAAUUUGAUGUUCACCUUGAUAAUUUCAAAUAAUUUUGAACCUAACAUGAUGUUCUGAAGUUUUGACUCUCCAAUAACCCAUUUUUUUCAGCCGAUUUUGGUUUCUGCGCUCAACUCUCGCCAGAACAACGCAAACGCACCACAAUGGUCGGCACACCAUAUUGGAUGGCACCCGAAGUCGUGACAAGAAAACAAUACGGUCCAAAAGUCGACGUAUGGUCAUUGGGAAUUAUGGCAAUUGAGAUGGUCGAAGGCGAACCGCCAUAUUUGAAUGAGAAUCCGUUGAGAGCUAUUUAUCUGAUUGCAACUAAUGGAAAACCAGAUUUUCCGGGAAGAGAUGGAUUAACACCAAUUUUCAAGGUAUUUGUUGUUGAUUGUUAAUUGAGUAGUCAAUUUGUAUUUUUUUCAGGAUUUUAUCGAUUCCGCUUUGGAAGUCUCAGUUGAUAAUCGUUGGUCAGCCAGUCAACUUUUGACCCAUCCAUUUUUACGAUGUGCCAAACCAUUGGCAACUUUAUAUUAUUUGAUUGUUGCUGCGAAACGAAGUAUCGCAGAAGCCAGUUCGUCAUAA